AAUCACUGUCAAACGUGUUCACUAUUACUCUGACUCUGGUAACGUGACUUCCUGGUAACGUGUUAGGUAGGAAAAGCAGUAAAAAAGUGCAUAUUAAGGGAGCAGAUUUGAAAUAAUAUUUAUACUUAACAAGAAAUAAUUAAAGGUUCAAUGGGGAGACCUAAAGAUUUACGCAUAUGGGAGCACUACCGUACUUUACCAAACAAGUCUGUUUCUUGCAAGCUUUGUAAUAAGGUCUACAAAUUCAGUAAUGCUGCCAAAAUGCUUCAACAUCUUAUCACUUGUCCAAAAUCUCCAGAAACAUUAAAAGACUCUAUGAAACUUAUAAAAGAUAGCUCGUCCAAAACCAAAAUGUCUGGACUGUCAGAGAUAGAGACAAAUGAUUCUUUUAUAAGCCCCUCGUCGUCUGCUAACACUACAAUAAAUGCUGAGUUUCAAGACACCGAUGAUCAUAUAAAAACAGAAUUAGCGAGAGCUAUAUUUGUAACAGGGACGCCAUUAUCGAUGGUGCAACAUCCUUUAUGGAUACAAUUUUUCGAAAAAUUGCAACCAAAAUUUAAAAUACCUUCACGUAAAGCUUUAGCGACAAAAUACUUAGAUAAAAUAUAUAGAGAAAUGCGUUUUGAGUUAAAUGAGGAACUAAAUGCUUGUAGUUACUUACACCUUCAGUGCGAUGGCUGGUCUAAUUUAAGAAAUGAAGGAAUAAUAAACUUUCUUAUAUCAAAACCUCAACCUGCAUACGUUAAAAGUUUGAAUACAGAAAGUAAUCCUCACACUAGUGAAUACCUUAGCCAAGAAGUUGAAAAAGUAAUGAAAGUGUAUGGAGCAAAUAAGUUUCUUGUACUUAUUGGCGAUAACGCUAGAAAUAUACAAAAGGCAUUCGAAUUAACAAAACUCAAAUAUCCACAUGUUGUUCCUCUCGGUUGCUGUGCACAUAUCCUUAACUUGUUGUGCCAAGAUAUUGUAAAGAUACAAGAAGUAACUGUGUUUAUUAUGCAAGCCAUAAAUAUAAUAAAAACUGUUAAAAGGAGUCAACGAUUAAGUUCCUUGUUGAUAAAAUCAAGGCAGGGUGAAGAUUCUACACAAACACUAAAAUUGCCUUGUGCUACAAGAUGGGGAAGUCAUGUUACUUCGUUAAAAAGUUUGAAAGCAAAUAAGAUAGCUUUGCAAAUAUUAACAGUUAGAGAAGAUGUGGUAAUUUCAAGAGAUAUUAAAGAUUUAAUUCUAAGUGAUGAUUUCUGGACGAAGACAGGGGAAUGUAUAAGUAUUUUGGAACCAGUCACUGAAAGCAUAUUUUACUUAGAGAGCGACCAGAAUCGUUUGCAUCGCACAUACAUUACAUUUAGAGAUGUACAAGCUAAGAUACGUUUUGCAUUAAAUGAGAUUUCGACAUUGAGCGAAGAAAGCAAACAGCAGAUUCUAACAUCAGUAUCUUCAAGAUGCAAUAUGGCAAUGAGGCCAAUACAUUUUGCAGCAUAUAUUCUAGACCCCAGGACUCUAGGAGUCGAACUUACUCAAGAGGAAGAACUUAAGGGUAUGGAGUUUAUCUACAAUUUAAGCCAACACUUAAGUUUGUCAAAUGUAAUGGCAGAUUUGGCGUGUUAUAAAGCUAAAGAAAACUUUUGGGCCAGAGGAUUUGUAUGGAGCUCAUUAGAUAGCAUUGAGCCCCUAAUAUGGUGGAAAGGUAUUUGUGGUUCCACUGAGUUAAGCAAAGUAGCGAUUCGUAUUCUAUCAGCUCCCUGUACUUCGGCAGCCACUGAGCGUUCCUUUAGUAUCCAAGGCUACAUACAUAAUAACAAAAGAAAUCGACUUACAACUGAAAGAACUGAAAAAAAUUCAUUCAUUUGUUAUAACUGGAAUCUUAAACAUAAAGCUGAAUGCGAGGACAUUCAGUUUAAUGAAGAAAAUACCUUAGAAGCUUUCAUUGAGCAAGUAAAUGAACAUAACAGUUUAGACGAAAUAGAGCCUAUCGAACCUAUACAAUUCAUCGCUUGUAAUAACUCUGAAUCUGACAGUGAUUGACUGUAGUUUUACAUUUUACUUUCAUCUCUUUCUUAAUAAACUCAAAAUCAAAUUAAAAGUUUUUUAUUCUGUAGGCUGCAUAAUAAUAUUGUCUAUGUCCAGUAUAGUGGACGUCUUGCGGCUGAGAUGACGAUGAUGAAGUACAAAAUCAUAAACACCCAAAAAUUUGGGUGUUUAUGGGGUUUAAACCCAAUAAACCCAAAACACCCGGUUUUUACCCACCAGACUUUAAACCCACCCAGGUGGAUUGCCCAUCUCUAAAUAUAACAAUUAUAAGAUUUUUAGAAAUGACUAUCAACAUUUAACUUAUCUUUCUCUUAGUGUAAUUAAAAGUGUUCCA